CAGUGAUCUGCAGAACAAGCUCGUCAGCAGAGCGCUGGGUCUACAGAAGCGGCGGCAGCGUCCUCUGGACUCAGGGCGCGGAUGAGCGGCGGCUCCCCAUCCUGCUACCCACAGCACGGACACGGGCACGGGCUGGGGGGACUACCACAACUCAGUCUCGAUUCAUUUUGUAAACUUGAGGGAAAAGACUAACUUGCCACAAUAACACACGCGUUGUUGUUUUUUUAUUACUUCUGUGUUCUUCCUCUUCUUCUCCUCCCUUUUUAAUAAGUGAGAUACUUUUGAUAUGGCUUCAUCCGUGAGCGGCACAGAGGAGGUCCGGGUGUCGGCGUUGACGCCCCUAAAGUUAGUGGGACUCUUGUGCGUCUUUCUCGCUCUGUGUCUGGAUGUCGGGGCCAUGCUGAGCCAGGCGUGGGUCACGGCCGAUGACCAGUACUACUUGUCCCUGUGGGUGUCCUGCUGGAGGCCCGCUGUCUCCGUGGACUGGUCCUGCACCAGCACGCUGGCCACCGACUGGCAGAUCUCCACAGUCGCCCUCAUGUUGGGGGGGGCGGCCCUCACCCUUCUUGCCUUCCUCGUGGCCAUGGUUUCCCUGUGUUUCGGCUCCAGGAGUCGCUGCUACAAACCUGUAGCUGUCAUGUUGUUUUCUGCAGUGGUCCUUCAGGUGUGCAGUUUGGUCCUGUUCCCUAUCAAGUUCAUAGAGACAGUAAGUAUGAGGGUGUACCAUGAGUUUAACUGGGGCUACGGCCUGGCCUGGGGAUCCACCAUCUUUUCUUUUGGAAGUGCCAUCCUCUACUGCCUCAACCCCAAGAACUAUGAGGACUACUAUUAAAAUAUGUGAGACAAGAGGAGAAACCAGGACUCUGUUUCAGCCAUGUCCUGUCAGCAACAGGAAUUUGCUGUCUGUUACACAGUGCACAACAAAGACUAGAAAAUUACAUAUUUAUAUAAACCUAAUCAUCAUUGUUAGUUUCAGGACUGGAAACAAGCUCUUCUAUUUGAUUCUGUGAACUUACUCUCUCAAAGACUAUCCUCCCUUAUUGGACUGAAGCACCCAUGCUCACUUAGGAGUUUUAGAAGCAACCCCAGCUGUGAAGAAACCUAAAACAAGCCUGUUUAAACUGGGAAGAAUGUUACCACUCAGAUAAGUCUGUGCCCUCUUUAAGUGGAGCUCCAGUAGGUCUUAGAUUUGGGCAGAAAACCUGGUGAGAACAGAUGGGCUGACUGACCCCAUACCGGGAAGAGCUGGCGGACUAAUUAACCACUGUAAGCAAAGGAGGCAAGGAAUGAGGUAAACUUGGGCCAAUCACAGAAUUAAUGAAGCCAGAAAGAAAAAUGUCUGGCUAGCAUGAUAUCCUGAGGAUCAGGUCACACCUAAGGAAAUGCAACAUGCUACAUUUCCCCAGAGAUACACUGCAUCUGGAAUUUGGGCUAGCCUUCUUCCUCUAGUAGCGUAUAAAAUACUGGUGUAAACAUGCCAUGAGGCUCCAAUGGACUGGCUUUGUCUUCUCCUGAACUGGGUCUACUAAAAGCACUAGAGAUUCUAAUAAUAAACACAAGCUACCUAAAGUAAAAACAUUCCACAGGCACCUUCUAAAUCAUAUCAUACUGCUGAAGGUAACAUUGAAGUGUUAAUGAAUAGCAGUCUGACACAUGUACAGUGGCAAAACCUUUGGCAGCACAAACCCAGUUAUACCUGCUUUUUGAUAACAUUGUAUCAUAUGCAAGUAUGCACAGUAGGAAAAAUGCUGCUCAUUCCAAGCACACCAAUGGGAACAGAAAUGGCAAAUGACCGUGUCUGCCUUUCUGCGUGGUCAUUCCACUGCGACCCUGCUACAUGAAUGGGUUUGACAGCAGAGCACAGUGCCCACUGCUUCCUAUCUGAAAAUGGCUUUAUGAAGACUUGAUCUGUUAAGUGUAAGGAGGACAGUGUUAUCAUGGGAGGUUAGGCAUGUGGGUAGAAGACCUGCACUGAGCUGGCAACCUUCUCAAACCUUAUUUGAGGUGGUCAAACUUCUAUUCCCUCUUGUAAUAUU